AUGGUUGAUUAUCAUUUAGUUGUUUUGGUCCAUGGGUAUGUCUCCAAUAUUUUUUAGCUCGGGGUUAAAUUUGACAAGACCGAAUUAAACCACAAUUUAAUAAGAAGUUAAUAUUAACAAGUUUUUAGUAUCUGGGGUAAUUCCUCACAUCUUGCUUAUGUUGAAAAACAAAUGAAAGAACAAAUUAAAACAAAUGAUGGUAGUAAAUUAUUACUUCAUAAAACAGGGUCUCAUUCUGGUUAUUUAACUUAUGAUGGUAUUGAUGUAAAUGGUAAAAGAAUCAGUGAUGAAAUUAUAGAACAAACAAGUAAAAUUGAGUCAACUAUUGGUAACAAAGUCACAAAAUUUUCAAUAAUUGGUUAUUCUUUAGGUGGUUUAAUUUCAAGAUAUGCAAUUGGUAUUUUACAUUCUCAAGGUUAUUUUGAUAAAGUUGAACCAAUUAAUUUUAAUACAUUUUGUACUCCUCAUGUUGGUGUAUCAAAUCCACAAACUCAUAAUUUAUCAGUUAGAGUAUAUAACUCAGUUGCUCCACAUUUUUUAGCUUUAACUGGUUAUCAAUUCUUUUUACGUGAUAAAGUUGGUCAACUUAAUAAACCUCUAUUAGUUUGGAUGGCUGAUCCAAAUUCUCCGUUUUAUAAAUCAUUAAAAAACUUCAAAUAUAAAUCAUUAUAUGCUAAUGUUUUAAAUGAUAAGAGAUGUUCAUGGUUUACUGCUUCAAUUUCAAGAGAUGAUCCAAUUAAUUCAAUGUAUAAUAAACUGGCUAAAAACAUAAUUAUAGAAGAUUAUAUUAAAGGUUAUGAAUCUACAAUCAUCAACAUUCAAAAACCAUUUUAUUUUGAAAGAUCAAAACAUUCAGUAACUUAUAAUGAUGGUUCAAAAAUACGAUUCUUAUGGAAAACUUUAAAUUGGAUUAAAAUUAUAAGUACAAUUAUUUUAUAUACCCCAGUUUGGGCAAUUUCAUUCAUUGUCUCAUCAAUUUAUCAAAGAAUUAAAAUGAAUAAUAGAUUAAAAGAGUUCUUCAAAACAAAUGAUUUAUUACAUUUAUAUAAACCAAGUACUGGUUCAGAAAGUGACUCAGAUGAAGCUGGUGGUAUAUUUUCAGAACUUUCAGAAAAAGUUCAAGAUGAACAAGAAGAUAUAGUUGAAGAUAUGUAUUCAGCUAUGAAUUAUAAAGAAAGUUAUUCAAAACAUAUAAUACCAAUUAAAUUAGAUUCACAUCAAAAAUUUAUUGUUGAUAAAUUAAAUACUUUAAAUUGGAAAAAAUUCCCAAUAAUAUUAAGAAAUACCGUAUCAACUCAUGCUGGUGCUAUUGUAAGACACAAUGAUCCACAUUUUGAUGAAGGUAAAGUUGUUGUUGCUCAUUUUAUAAAUGAAAUAUUUAGAUUGGAAUAA